GAUGAGCAUGCACCCGCGCUAGGGUCCGAGGGAGGUAUUCGUGAAGCUUUGGGGAGAUACCGAACAGCGCUCGACAAGUACCGAAGACGCCGACUAUUACCGAACACGGUCGGUCCCUACCCGACCGACGACAAGCCACCGAAGGACGUUCGGCAGCACUUGGGUCAGUUCGCCCACACUUCACGUACUUACCAUGACCGCAUAGGAGUGUUACGAUAA